AAAAUAUACCUAGCUUGUUCUGGGCGGGAAAUGGCGAUGGCGGGGGUAUAAAAUGGGGCGCCAUGGAUGGAGAUCUCACAGCGAGAGCGAUGGAUCAAGGAGUGCAAUCGCGCUUGCAGGUCAGGAACGCGCAGCGAUUCCCCGUUCACGUCAUGGACAUCGAGGUGCUGAUCGAGGAGCCCGGCCGCGAGGAGCGUGAGCGCAAGGCCGCGAGCGCCAAGCUCGAUCACUCGUGCAUCGUCCAGCCGCGCUCCUCCAAGCUCGUCAAGAUCCCGCUCGCGAGCUUAAUCCGGCCCAGCGCCACGCCGGUGCCGUACAUGCUCCGGGCCAAUGUGGCCAUGAAGGACCGAGUGCACGGCGCGUACCAGGUAAGUACGGAACGCGUACGGCAGAUGUUCUUCAAGGACGCCGCUGACAAGAAGGUCAAGGCCGUGGAGAGAAAGCACUUGGAUGGAGGCAUCGAAGGGAUUCACGUAUGGACCAACUUUCCAAAGGAGGUGGUGGUGGCUUUCGACUUCCAAGUGAAAAACUCCAACUUUCUGCCGCUCAAGCUCCUCCACGCCGAUUUCUCCGUCAUGAGUGAUGGCACGAAGAUCCUGGAGACGAAAGUGGUCCACAACACGAGCAUCCCAGGGAAGUCGUCGGCUAGAAUCAAGAUGAAGCUUUCGAUCCCGCUCAAGAUCAUACGUGACAGCUUCCCCGGUGGGCUCCCUUCGUCCGUUCUUCCAGUCCAGAUGGACAUCUCCUUCUGGUUCAAGGAGACUUUCUACGGCCUCUACAAGAUCGAUGCUCGCAAGACGGGCGUGCUGGUCGUGCCCGAGGCGCCGGCGAUCGCGAUCCACAAGGUGGUGUUCACUUUCGACGAGGAUAACAAGCCGGUUGCGAGACUGGAGCUGCUGGUUUCCAACGCGAAUGUCUUUGAUCUGGAGCUCAAGAGCCUGGAGUACCAAGCCGUGUCGAAGGAGACAGGAUCGACGCUCAUGCUCGCGAAGUUUAAAGACGAUGACGCCGUCAUUGUCCCCGAAGGAGGAAAGGUUACCAUCUGGGCUCUUGCGAAGCCUGGGACACACGAGUUUGGAUCGGUGCUGUGGAAGCUCUACAAAGGCGAGCAGGACUACGUCGUAAAAACUUCGCUGGAGACCGAAACCGAGUUGUAUGGUAAGAUUGUUUUCCAAAGCUAGCU